GCUUCGGGUUUUCUCCCAGCCCAUCGCCCCGCCCCCAUCUGCCGGGCGGGGCUGGGCCGACAGUCCAGCAGCUGCUAGCUGGGGCUUCAGUGACUUCCUUGUUGUGAGCCCCGGCCCGGCAGUGUCCGGACUCGUAGCACCGCUGUCCUGACCAGGACCGCUAGCCUGAGUCUAGGUCUCAGCCGCAACCUCAGCCCAUCGGUCCCCCUUUCAGCACAGGUCUUUUCCCCGCACGCACCGCGCUCCCUAACAUGCCCAACCCCAGCAGCACCUCCUCUCCCUACCCCCUCCCUGAGGAAAUUAGGAACCUGUUGGCAGAUGUUGAAACAUUUGUGGCAGACACACUGAGAGGGGAAAAUUUAUCCAAGAAAGCAAAGGAAAAGAGAGAAUCCCUUAUUAAGAAGAUAAAAGAUAUAAAGCCUAUCUAUCUUCAGGACUUUCAAGACAAAGGUGAUGCAGAAGAUGGGGAAGAAUAUGAUGACCCUUUUGCUGGGCCUCUAGAUACUGUGUCAUUGGCUUCAGAAAGAUAUGAUAAAGAUGACGAAGCCCACUCUGAAGGAAACCAGUUUCCUCCAAUUGCAGCACAGGACCUUCCUUUUGUUUUAAAGGCUGGCUACCUUGAAAAACGCAGAAAAGAUCACAGCUUCCUGGGAUUUGAAUGGCAGAAACGCUGGUGUGCUCUUAGUAAAACAGUAUUCUAUUAUUAUGGAAGUGAUAAAGACAAGCAACAGAAAGGUGAAUUUGCAAUAGAUGGUUACAAUGUCAGAAUGAAUAACACUCUCAGGAAGGAUGGAAAGAAAGAUUGCUGUUUUGAAAUCUCUGCUCCUGAUAAACGCAUCUAUCAGUUCACAGCAGCUUCUCCCAAAGAUGCCGAAGAAUGGGUACAGCAGCUGAAAUUUGUAUUACAAGACAUGGGAUCUGAUGUUAUUCCUGAAGAUGAUGAUGAAAGAGGAGAAUUAUAUGAUGAUGUUGACCAUCCUCUACCAACCAGCAGCCUACCAGCAAGCAGCCAACCAACUGAUGAUGAAAUUUAUGAAGAACUUCCAGAAGAGGAAGAGGACGGUGUUCCUGCGAAAGUGGAGGAACAAAGGAAGCUGAGCCAGGACAGUGUUCAUCCCACCACAGGAGAUAAAAGCACCGAUUAUGCGAAUUUUUACCAGGGUUUGUGGGACUGCACAGGAGCUCUUUCUGAUGAGUUGUCAUUUAAACGUGGUGAUGUGAUUUACAUUCUUAGCAAGGAAUACAAUAGAUAUGGCUGGUGGGUAGGAGAAAUGAAGGGAGCCAUUGGCUUGGUGCCGAAAGCCUACAUAAUGGAGAUGUAUGAUAUUUGAGAGUCCUGGGAAAAAUCAACAUUUCACCUGAAGAAAAAAAAUUCAGAGGCAGCUUUCCCUUUCUGCCUACAGAAAAAGAAGAUUCUCCUGCUGGUCUGUAAAUGCUUUGGAUUUAGAAUCAUCUUGAGAGCAUGAGUGGCAGCUCAUAACCUUUUUGUGUUUUGUUGAACAUUUGUCUUUGUUAUUUUAUGCAUUCAUUAUAAUAUUCCUCUGAUAUAAAAUUAAAUAAAGAAUAUUAAUGUAAAUUAGAGGCAAGCA